CCCCCCGCCGCGCCUCCACGAUGUAGCCACAAAACCUCAGAAGUCUCCGCCCGCCUUUCCUGCAGGGCAAGAGGAGAAGGAAGAGGAAGACGCGGAGCAGCGGCUUUGCAGCGGCGCUCAGCAUGGAGUCCGAGGGGAGCAGAGAACCCAUCUUUCCUGCUCUCUCGGAGCCCGGGGAUGCCCCGCUGCCCAACCUAACCCCAAGGCACCAGGAGCUCAUCCCAACUCCCUGUGGCCCUGUAAGUAGCCUGGGCACAGUCUGGCCUCGGGGAGAGAUAAAGCCAUGGUCGGAAUUGUCCUGUCCAGUCAAGGUCUACUUCUGCAUCACGCUGGUGUCUCUCCUGAGCAUCAUCGGGUUAACCAUAAAGACCCUUGUGCAGAAGUCGGAUGAGAACUUCACCGUCUCUCUCAUUCAGCUCAUCGGCGUCGUGUUCUGCAUUUAUUAUGUGACCCGAGGAAUCCUCCAGGAGAACCGUCAGGAGCUCAUUGUGUUUAUCCUCUCCAUCCUGCUGGUGAUGUUCCGAUCCCUAGUGAACUUCCUUGUGCUGGCAGCGGAGGAUAAGCCUGCAAGGGAAGACCCUGUCAUCCUGGCCCGGUUCGUCGUGAUCCUGCUGGUGGGCUUUUUCGAUGUGAUCUGUGCCGUGCUCCUCAUCCGAGGCCAGGGCAUGAUGGCCUUCCGAGUGGGCGGGGCCCUGGAGAGCCUGCAGGCUCAGUACUUCAUGCUCAAUCUCUGCUUCUCCAUGCUGACCUUUGAUCUCCAAGCUCAGCUCUGCCUGUGUGUCCUGAUCCUGACGUCGGGCCUGUACGCCUCGCUGCAGCACAGUCUCAUCCUCAUCGUGGGCGUCCUCUGGGCCGGCCUCAAAGUGACCAUCGGCAUCUUGGCGAUUCUGAGGGAGCUGAAGGCCCUGGUGUGGAUUUUCCUGGUGCAGAACGUCCCUGAAGUGGCUUACCUCUUCUAUCUCCUCUACACGAUAAGCAGAGCGUGGGGCCAGGGCAGCUCCUACACUGGAGAGGCGGCCGCCAUCGUGGGCUCCUGCAUCUCGGUAGCCAUCAAGUCUGUCUUGCUUUGGGCCCUGGUCCACGUGUAUCGAAGCUUUGGCCAGGGUCUGAGAGAGAGAAUGUUUUCUUCCUAUGGAAGGAUUGAGUCCUGAGCAGCCCUCCUUGGAUGACCACUCAUCAGCGUGGACCCCAGCCCCGCCCCCCCAUCUUCCCUGCACGUGGCAGUGACGUCCAUCAGCAGCUAGUCUUGUGCCAAAGCCCCAUCCAGAAAUGCCUUUGGAGGAGCCUGGGUGCAGGCUUUGCCCCAGCACCGGCAGGCUGAGGCUGUGACCCUCCCUUCCCCCCAGGGCCAGGGCCAGGGUCUGGGCCAGCAAGCAUCUCCAGCAGCUACCCAAGCCCUGGCCUCCACCCCGCCACAGCACAGCGCCUGGGGUGGGCGGUGCCAGGCCCUGGCUGGGAGGGAGGGGGGGUUUCCCAGCUUUCCUCCUGCACAAGCCCGAGGGCCCCGGGCUUCUGGAGAGCUGCCACCAAGGAAAGCAGAAAGGGACAUCCACAGGCCCCUUGGAAAGGCAGUCACAGUUUCCCCACCCUCUCUCAUACUUGUUAAGAAACAAAGUUUUAUUAUUUUACCAAAUGGAGCUUUGGUUACUGGCUUUGUAUUUUUCAAUAAAGUACGCAGAACACACA